AUGUCUCGACGCGCCGCUGCACCCACUCUUUCCUACAUGGUUGACGAAUCUGCCUCCGAGGACGAAUUCGCCAAGGAUUCCGUUGCCCACAACAUGGCCUCUGAGUCCCUCAUAGAGAACACCGCUCCGCCAAAGAGGCGAGCGGUCCGUCGCCCCAAGACUGCUGCACCCGCCAAGGGAACCGCGACCAAGCCUCAAAGAACAAGCCGGCGGACGAGUGGCGCAUCCGUCGGUGCCGCCAAGGCGAAGAUCCCAAAGAAAGCGCCACCGAAGAGAAAGGCUCUGGCCGAAAGAUCCGAGCCGAAUGCGACCGACACAGAGGAGGUUGAUGAUUUCGAGGAGCUGGGGGACGUCGCGCCGCCUGCGGCAAGCAAAGGCAGAGGUCGCGUUGGACAGCCCGAGCCGAGCCUGGCUGCGCCAGAGCCGACGAAGAAAUCCAAGGCCGCGCCGAAGGGACGAGCCCGGCAAACGAAGAAGGAAUCAUCGCCAGAUCCUCCGACGAUGAUUGUCCCUGAGACGCAGGGUGACCCAGAUUCAAUGGACAUUGAACCCUCGAUUGAGGACAUCCCAGAACUGCCCGAGACCCAGCCGCUGCCGAGACAAAACAAUCGCGCCAGAUCCGUCUCCAAGCAACGCGCAACGGCGUCGUUCAGGCGAGGAGGCAGCAUCGUGUCCGAAACAGAAAGACCGAGCAACGAUCCAGCGCUGCGCAGGAAGCUUGGCGACCUGACCAAGAAGUUCGAAAAUUUGGACGUCAAGUAUCAGAACUUGCGCGAUGUCGGUGUGCGCGACGCCGGGGUAAACUUCGAGAAUCUCAAGAGGAGCACAGAUGAUAGGGCACGAGCCCAGGACGAGCUCAUUACAUCGCUCAAGAAAGAAUUGGCCACCCAACGCGCCCUGGCAGCGGAGUCGAAAUCCUUGAAGCGUCAAGUGGCAGAGGUCAACGCAACCAACAAUCAACUUGCGUCGGAGAACAAAGUUUUACACACUCACCUUUCCGAGUCGCAGACUGAAGUCAAGACGCUUACCGCGAAGUUGGCUGCCUCAAGGACUUCUUCAACUAAUCCCGAGCCUAAGGUUCCCGGAAGCGCGGUCAAGGCUCAGAGAACGAUCAUCGCCGGCAGCUCGGAGGCAACAAAGGAUGCUCAGAUGAGGCAGUUGAAGGAGGAUCUCUACAGCGACCUUACUGGACUGAUCAUUAGAGGGGUGAGGCGGGGAGAAGACGAAGACAUUUACGACUGCAUUCAAACGGGUCGCAAUGGCACGCUGCACUUUCAUCUUGCUGUCGCCUUGGAUGAUAAACCAUCCGGCCAGAGCUACGAAGAGGCCGAAUUCGCCUAUACGCCAUUGCUCGACGAGAGCAGGGAUCGCGACCUUCUGGAUGUUCUGCCAGACUAUCUGACCGAAGAGAUCUGUUUCCCGCGUAGUAGUGCCGCUAAAUUCUAUGCAAAGGUGGUCGAUUGCAUGACCAAAAGGAUCGUCAUCGAGGACUAG